GGCUGAGGAUGGAAUCUGAAACUUCUCAGAAUAAACCGUUGGCCAAUUUAUCGAUGGACUGGCGGAAACGUGUCAAGUCCGAAUACAUGCGCCUGCGACAACUCAAACGCUUCCGGAGAGCAGAUGAAGUGAAGGAAAUGUUUAUCUGUAACCGUAACAAGAUCAGGAACCGAACUGAAAUUCUCAAUGAAGAUUGGAAGAACCUGAGGAUCCAGCCAAUGAAUGUCACAACAGUGGGAGCUGCUGGCUGUGGGAAUCGGAAGUGCAUGGUCGAGAGUUUAUUCCUUGGCUUCAAGAAUCAGAUGGUCACACAGAAGAUGCUGAGCCCAGUGGCAAUGAGCCCGGUUAUGUAUUCCUGGUCUCCACUCCAGCAGAAUUUCAUGGUGGAGGAUGAGACUGUUCUGCACAAUAUCCCAUACAUGGGAGAUGAAGUCCUGGAGCAGGAUGGAGUUUUUAUUGAAGAAUUGAUUAAUAAUUAUGAUGGAAAAGUGCAUGGAGACCGAGAGUGUGAUUUUAUCAAUGAUGAGAUCUUCACUGCGCUUGUUCACGGCCUCAGUCGGGAGUCAGAUGAUGAAGCUAAGCCAGCGGCUCCUUCUUGGAACAACAGCAGACAGAAUAUUAAACGAGGACAAGAUGAGUCCCACUCUAGUAAUCAGAGCAUUGAGGAUGGGACUGAGGAGAAGCAGAACACUAGGCUCCCACCAGACAAGAUCUUCAAAGCAAUUGCCAUGAUGUUUCCCGAUAGGGGCUCAUCGAAGGACUUGAGAGAGAAGUACUGGGAGCUGACUAAACUCUGUGAUCCCUCAGCAAUGCCCCCUGAGUGCACUCCGAACAUUGAUGGACCAAAUGCUAAGUCUGUGCAGCGUAAGCAGUCCCUGCAUUCCUUCCACACCCUCUUCUGCAGACGCUGCUUCAAGUAUGACUGUUUCUUGCACCCUUUCCAUGCGACACCAAAUAUGUACAAGAGGAAAAAUAAAGAGAUAUUGGUGGAAACGACACCUUGCGGCCGGGACUGCUUCAUGUUGCUGGAUGGAGCCAAGGAGUUUUCUGCCUCUCUCUCCACCAUUCCAAACAAAACACGGGCAAAACGGAGCACAGGACGGCGGAGAAAACAUCACCAUAGUAACUGGAACCAGCCCAGUGGCUCCUGCAUUGCCAUCAUUGAGAUGAAAGAUGGCGACAGUGACCGGGAAUGCAGUGGCGAAAAUUCCCAGAGCUUCUCGGAUUUGUCAGAGGGAAGUUCCCGGAGUCAAACACCAGUCAAAAUGAAGCCAAUGGCUGGAACGUGUGAGGCAGAAGAUGUCUGUGAGACCCCAGGUCCGACCGAGACCUCUGGCACAAGUGAGACUCCUGGGCAGAGUGAGGGUCCUGAAUUGGAUGAGUACAAUCCAAUCGCAGAGCAGGUCACCUGGAUUAGCGCCGAGGAAUCGCUCUUCCGUGUAUUGCAUGGAACUUAUUUCAACAACUUCUGCUCCAUUGCCAGAUUGAUGAAAACCAAGAGCUGUAGACAGGUAUACGAGUUUGCAGUGAAGGAAUCAUCCAUCAUUCACAAGAUGCCCACUGAUGACCAGGUUCUGUCUCCACCAAAAAAAAAGAGAAAGCACAGACUGUGGGCAGCACAUUGCAGGAGGAUGCAGCUGAAGAAAGAUAAUUCAUCCAAUCAGGUUUACAAUUAUCAGCCAUGUGACCACCCCGAGCGCACCUGUGACAUCACCUGUCCCUGUGUCACCGCCCAGAAUUUCUGUGAAAAAUUCUGUCAGUGCAGCCCCGAGUGUCAGAAUCGGUUUCCUGGCUGCCGUUGUAAAACUCAGUGUAACACCAAGCAAUGUCCCUGUUACCUGGCCGUACGUGAGUGUGACCCUGAUUUGUGCCAGACCUGUGGGGCUGCUGAUCACUGGGACAGCAAGAAUGUCUCCUGCAAGAACUGCAGCAUCCAACGCGGCCUCAAGAAGCACCUGUUACUUGCUCCAUCGGAUGUGGCUGGAUGGGGAACCUUCAUUAAGGACUCAGUCCAGAAAAAUGAAUUCAUCUCGGAAUAUUGUGGAGAGAUUAUAUCUCAGGAUGAAGCAGACCGACGUGGGAAAGUCUAUGAUAAAUACAUGUCCAGCUUUCUCUUCAAUCUGAACAAUGAUUUUGUUGUUGAUGCAACUCGCAAAGGAAACAAAAUCCGUUUUGCGAAUCACUCCGUCAAUCCCAAUUGCUAUGCUAAAGUUGUCAUGGUAAACGGUGACCACCGAAUCGGUAUUUUUGCAAAAAGAAUGAUCCAGACAGGCGAGGAAUUGUUCUUUGAUUACAGAUACAGUCAAGCAGAUGCACUGAAGUACGUGGGAAUUGAACGGAAGAUGGAAAUGCUCUGAUCCUAUUGUUAUUUUGGUGUGAAAUUGUGUUUGGUUGUGAGUUAGACUGUGCGACAAGUUCACUAGUACAUUUUCUGAGCGGAUGGUGUGAGGUCAGCUUCCUAUACUGUGUCAGUGAUAGGAGGAGUGUUUCACAUUACUGUGCUUCAGUCUGUUACUAGCACAAACGCUUAGAGCUUCUCUUGCUGCUGCCUGCCCUGCUUCCCCCUCUCCUGUCUCUCCCCUCCACAUGUAACCCCACCACCACCUCUCCUACACCAGACAUUGGACCCCUCACCCCCAACUGGGAAUCUACUCCCGGUUCAGGUUAAUCAGAAGCCAGACUUAAUGGCAAGUGACACUGUCAAUGAAGGGCAGCUUUAUCGAGUAUUCAGAAUUCAACCCUUUGGAAGAAACAUUUCUCUCCCCAGAGACACAGUCCAGGUUGAUGGGCACCUGAAAAUAAUAUGUUACAACUUUUUAUUCUGGACGCAUUGAUGGAUUUCUGAUGUCAGAGAUCGGUUGGAACAACGAAGCAGAUAAUUCAGUUCAGAAUGUGGAAGACCUGAUCUCCUUAUUAAUUGUUUCGACCACAGAAACCAACCACCAUGCAAUGCUGAUGAGAGGGAAAAUAAGAUAAGAGUUGACAGGUGAUUCUGCGAUGCUGCUCUUGCUUGAUGUAGCAGUAGCCACAUUAUAAUCCAGAUUACAGUAUGUUUUCCUGUAAAAUCAUGCUGCCCAUGAUAUUCAAACCUAUGUUUGGUUCUCAUCUAUGAGGCCUCCAUCCACUGCACUAAGUGUCUCAGUUAGCCCAGGUUUGCUCGUGGUCCUGGUGUAACUCAGCCUGUGUGAAGCAGUGAGUUCUCUGCUGGAGCGAUGGUUGUGACUGAGAUGAGAUUUCAGGGUCCCAACUUUGCAGAGUUUCUGAUUUUUUGCAAUCUGAGAAUGGUCAGCAUCUUGAAAUGAAGCUUGAAACAGAAUCCACUCUUCCUUUAAAUUACAUUUGAAAUAAAAAUGAUAAUGGAA